CUCCAUAGGGCGAUUUUUAUGCGUACUGCGGGGCCAACUGCUGAAGAUGCUCUCCUGCCUCGCGCUGUCACGCACGGCGCUGAACCAUUCGUGCGCGGCCAGCUCACGUAGCACGGCGCGGCAGCAGCCGGCCACCGCCUCCCGCCUCCCAAGAGCCGCUCGAGCAGCGCAGCAGCCUCGCAAACGUGUGAUCGCCACAAGUCUAAAGUCUAGAGCAGCGCGAGAGGUUUCUGCCUGCCGUCCCCACCCCGACCGUGACGCCGGAUCCACGGACGCUUUCCCCACCCUGAUUUUGGACGAACGGAAUCAGCCCUGCCGGACCGGUGAAUCUGCAUCUGCAUCUGGACGCGCCGGCGCCUGCGUGGACAGCGGGAUCGCGCGCCAUGCGUUGGUUGGACAGCAAGCGCGAAGCCGAAGCCGAUCCGAUGGGCGCUGUCAGGGGCUUUUGGGACCAUGGAAACUGGGCGGGGGCGACGUGGGCGCCAGCCGCGCGAAGCCAGAGCCGGGGACGGCACUUUACUUGCCUGCGGUGCUAACGUAG